GUUUGUGCAGUACAUAUCAAAUGAAUUGAGGUAAACAGUACAAUGUCGUCGGAAGGUUGCAUGAUAGAUAGAAAGUGGAUUGUGUUAGUUGUGAAUUUCCUGAACAUGUUUCUAUGUGCUGGUUUCCCUUUCAAUAUGUCAGUAUUAAAUGUGGAAUUCCUACGUGCUUUUGGGAAAGGUAAAGCACAAACUGCGCUAGUCCAAUCGGUAACAACUGGUAUGAUGGAUAUUGCAGGUUUUAUUUGCGGACAGUGUGUUAACAGGUAUGGAGUAAGAAGGAUGGGCAUGUGUGGAGGACUGCUGGCUUUUCUCGGACUUGCCUCUUCCUUCUUCGCCACUAGUAUACCUUAUCUCAUCGUCUCCGUAGGGGUUGUUUCAGGGUUCGGAUUUUCCCUAGCGUUCGUAUCGUCUUUGACAUCUGUUGGCGAAUACUUCAACGGAAAAGCAAAACUUGCUGCAAUAGCAUUUAUUGGUACCGGAUCCGGUUGUGGAGCAAUGCUAAUCCCUUUUAUGCUGAACUCGCUGAUUGACAGGUUUGGAUGGCAAGGGUGUCUUCUUAUAAUGGGAGGACUAAUGGGAAACAUGACAUGCUAUUUUGCUAUUUGCAAACCUAAAAUAGUGGGUGUGAAACAACCCAAGGUUGAAAUUUGCAAAUUCGAAUCAUCACCGAUUCAUAAACAAGUUAACAAAAAGGAUAACAGAGACACGAUCACUAACACAUGUGUCUUUGAAUGA